UGAUGCUGCUGUUUCUGUUGUUCAGCUAGCGGUAAUAGACACGGCGUAAGUGACAUUAACCUGUCAGUACAAGUCAGCUACAGGAAAUAUGGAUUUGGUCAAAAACAGAACUUUGCACCCACAUCUCCGCGAUGACGAGGCUCUGGUGGUGGAAAACGCCAUCCGUCUGGCCAUAGACUCUGUGAUAAACGUUUUGUACGGCGUAAACAGCGCCAAGAAUUACGAGUAUGAGCGGAUGGUGGCCGACAGGGACAAAGAGAUCCAGCGCCUGGAGUGCAGACUGACAGAGAUGGAGCACGAGCUGCAGGUGCUGCGCCGGCAGGGAUGCAUUUGCGGGCUGUUCAAGAACGAGCACAGCCUCGGCAGGUCCCGGAGCUCCGGUGACCGGCAGAAGGGAGUUCAGAGCGGCUUUGAUCCGGGAUGCGUUGACACCGAGCUGACAGCGGAGCAGCAGGACUGUGAGACGAGUUUAUCGUUGGGUCUUUUCGCAAGACCCCCCUCACAUGUUUCCUCCCACAGCCAGGAGUCAGCUCUUCCAUCUUCCCCCAGCAGAAUGGUCCUGGAGCACACCUGCACCUCCCGCUCCUCCGAGGUUUCGGGUGUAACGGAGGCCGCCAGAAAUAUGCCGACAUCUCCCAGCAGCCUCGUGGUCAAAGAAGAGCCAUGUGACGUCGACACGGUCUUAAUCAAGUGGGAAAUGAGUGAACAUCAGCAGAGCACUGGCAGUCCGUGUCAGGACAAAGAGAGUCUCAGUGCAAAAAAAAAAAUGGAGACUGGAGAAGGAAGGACGUUCAGGGAGAAACCACAGGCAGACCCGGGUGGAGUCGUAAUGACUGAGGCAGAGCACACGAGGAACAAGAAGAAGAGCGUGCCAAUGUCGGAGCUGCCAGAGGAAGCUCAGAGACUGAAGAGGGCAGCCUGGAGAGCAGCUUCCAGACGAUAUUAUGCUCGAAAGAUAGCUCGCCAGCAGGCAAACCCAUCACAAUCCAGCCCCUUCCCCCACAUCGCAAACUCUCAGAAUUCACAGCCCAGCUCUUUUGUGGAUAAGAGGAGGAGGACACUGAUAUCGGAGCUACCUGAAGAGUCUCAGACGCUGCAGAGAGAAGCUUGGAGAGCCGCAUCCAGGAGGUACUACGCUAGAAAAAUCGCUCGGCACCAGACGGAGACGACACAGUACAGAAACCUGCUGGAGAACAUAAACCCAUCUGGAGACACGCAGGGACCCAACAGGGAAGGACCUCACAUGAACACUGGAGGAAUAAUGUGCAGCUGAUAGACAGAAGUUUUACAUUUUAAAUGUUUCUGUUCAGCAGAUUGGAGGGUCCUUUUUACUGCGGUAUGAAGAAUAAUGAAAUCUGACUGUUUGUGUUUUGGUGGCUUUGAAUUAAUAAUGAUGGGAAUUGUCUCAGGUCUGAAUAACAUGAACCUGGUGUUUCAAAUGAGUCAUCUGUGCAUUUCCUCAGUUCAUGACCUCUUGAUGAUGUGUUAGGCAGCAGGUUUAAUCAGAAUCCUAGUACUAGUACCAGCAAAAUUGAACCUUUCACAUAUCACACAUUUCAAAAAUAUAUCAAACUAAAAAAAGAAAUAUUGGGAGAAAUUGUCUUGAUGUUCUAUAAAAUUAAAAGUUGAUCUCGCUCCUGUCAUCCUUCUGUCUCCAGGAAUUUUUGGUGGAGUCAUCCAGUGUCAGACUGUUUUUGAAGUUAACCUUCAUGAGAUCAACUCUACAUUCUGAUUUGUCUCCCUUCAUGUCAGCAAUAUUUGCAUGUACAAAACUUUUACUGGAAAAGAGCCUGAAUAAAUGUAUCAUGAGGCAAUAUGCAUAAAUCCAUGGCACUAACUAACAUGGCAGUACAGCGCCCCUGGAGAGUAACAUCUGUAACUACAGCGUGAGUGCAUCCAUAGUGGCUACAUUUUUAGCUCCACAUCUUUGAUUUCAGUGUCGGGUAAAGAAUUAUUAUUUCAGACAAUGCUGGUAAACUUUAAAGUGUAUUUUUGGACUUUGUCAAAUAUUAAAAACUGUCUUUCCCCUUCCCGUUGAAAUGAACUCCCAUCAGUUUCUGGGUUACACUUCAGUAUUUGAAGCCAGCAAGCAGGGUGAACACAGAAAUGUUAAAAUAUCUCAUUUUGCAGUAAAUGUGUACAAUAAAACAAAGUGACAACGUU